AUGUCAACAGACACAGCUACGGCACGAGCCAUGGCGCUGCCCGAGAUACUAUCCGAGGUAUUUGCCAUUCUUCAUGGUCAAGGGGACUAUUCAAGUCUAGCUUCGGCAGCGCGAGCAAAUAGUGUAUGGUUUGCUUGCGCGAUUGAUAGACUCUGGAGCCAGGUCGAAGGGGAUGCCCUCACCAGCAUCGCCAACAUCGCCGAUAGUCGUCGUCGACAGCUUUACGCUUCCAAGGUUGAGGGUAUUGCAUUUGACGGCAACAAGCGUGACAUUCCAAAGGACCUUCCCGACGCUUGUUUCAAUAGGAUCAAGUCAAUUGACUUUAAUUCUCCAUACUGGCUCCCUCAGGGCAGCGAACAUUUAAUCAAACCCUACAUCCAACCAAGCCUACAAAGUUUUGCUUUUUACGGCGAGGACUUCUCUGACGAGAUAGUCUUUCAGCUUCAAUCCACGUGCCGCCGUCUUCAGGUGCUCGUCAUAGACAACACGGAAAUGGAUCACAAGAGGCCAAAACUCACCGGGGAGACGCUCCUCCAAUUCAUCUCUCAGACAGAGUCACUCCGCGACCUGAAUCUUUGGUGCGGGGGACUCUCAGAUGAGCUCUUUCUUUGUAUUUCGGAACUGGAAAACCUAUCUACACUGAGCUGGUGCGAUUCGUUAACGCCCGAGUUGCUAUCGAAGACUGUCGCCCAAAACCCCAACCGUUUUCCAUCUCUCGAUUCGUUCACCGUCCCCUGUGCGCUCUCAUCGAUAUCUGUGUCUUACAUUGUCACGAUGCUCCCUCAUCUCACCAAAAUACAUUUGGAAUUUGAAGACAGUGAACAUGAUAUGCUGACACCGCUUUCGGCAAUCGAAAACUUGACUCAGCUCGAAUGCACAUUUCAUUGCAAUGUCUUGUUUUCCGCGCCACAACUACUGUCGCUUAAAUCUCUCAGCAAGCUAACAAUGCUAUCUAUCCGGUUUGGGGUGGACUUUGACCGCCGUGAUACGACAAGCCCGUUCAGUGAUGCAGAUUUUCACGACAUGAUAUCCGCACUUCCUGGUCUGCGGUGUCUGCGGCUGGAAUUCUUGGCUGAUCUCACCGGUGCAGCGCUGUUGUCUCUCUCGGCCAAAUGCCCCAAACUUGAACAGUUUUCAAUGCGAAGGGGACUCCGCUGCGAUCUAAGAUCUUUGCUGGACCAGGCCGGGGAAGAGCCACUGCUCCAACAUUUGAGAAUGCUUUACCUGGCGCGGAUUUCAACAGACAACACCGACUAUUUGUCUAUAUCUGCUGCUGAAUUGGCCGGCCAAAUCAUAAGGUAUUUUCCGAAGUUGGAGGAUUUCGAUAUAGAAGAUUGCGAUGGGCGUGAUGGCCGCGUUAUUGACAGGUUUUGGGACUUGGUCGAGCAUUAG